GUCGCACGUUUGAUGACGCGUCUCCCGCCAUCUUUCCAGCCGGCUCCAGAGGAACACGUUGCGGGAAAAAAUAACUUUGACUCCACAUCUUUGUUUUUAACUGCAUCAAUUAACCGAGUUUCUUGCAGUCGAUUAACGGGGAUCAGGGAGGGCGCCUCAGUCCUCGCGCCCUUUCGCCUUUCAAAAUGGCCGACAAGAACACCAGGAUCGCCAUCGUGAAUCACGACAAAUGCAAACCCAAAAAGUGUCGUCAGGAGUGUAAGAAGAGCUGCCCCGUCGUCCGCAUGGGUAAACUGUGCAUUGAGGUGACUCCACAGAGUAAGAUCGUGCUGAUCUCUGAGGGGCUGUGUAUAGGCUGUGGCAUCUGCAUCAAGAAAUGUCCGUUCGGGGCGUUGUCCAUCGUGAAUUUGCCGAGUAACCUGGAGAAGGAGACGACCCAUCGAUACUGCGCCAACUCGUUCAAACUGCACCGGCUGCCCAUCCCGCGGCCGGGCGAGGUGUUGGGGCUCGUCGGGACCAAUGGAAUCGGAAAGUCCACAGCUCUGAAAAUCCUGGCGGGGAAACAGAAGCCGAACCUGGGCAGAUACGAUAACCCUCCGGAUUGGCAGGAGAUUCUGACAUACUUCCGAGGCUCCGAGCUGCAAAACUAUUUCACGAAGAUCCUGGAGGACGACCUGAGAGCCAUCGUCAAACCGCAGUACGUGGACCAGAUCCCCAAGACCGUCAAGGGGUCAGUGGGUUCCAUCCUGAGCAGGAAAGACGACACAGAAACACAGGACGUCAUUUGUGAUCAACUGGACCUGAGUCACCUGAGGGAGAGGAACGUGGAGGAUCUGUCUGGAGGAGAGCUGCAGAGAUUCGCCUGUGCGGUCGUGUGCAUCCAGAGGGCCGACAUUUUCAUGUUCGACGAGCCGUCCAGUUAUUUGGACGUGAAACAGAGGCUGAAGGCGGCUAUCACCAUCCGCUCACUCAUCACUCCAGACAGGUACAUUAUCGUAGUGGAGCACGACCUGAGUGUGCUGGACUAUCUGUCCGACUUCAUCUGCUGUUUGUACGGCGUCCCCAGCGCCUACGGAGUCGUGACCAUGCCCUUCAGCGUCAGGGAAGGGAUCAACAUCUUCCUGGACGGAUACGUUCCCACAGAAAACCUGAGGUUCAGAGAAGCAUCGCUGGUUUUUAAAGUGGCAGAAACGGCAAACGAAGAAGAAGUGAAGAGACUCCGGCACUACCAGUAUCCAGAGAUGAAGAAGACGAUGGGAGAGUUCACUCUGGAGAUCAGAGCGGGGGAGUUCACAGACUCUGAGAUCAUGGUGAUGCUCGGGGAAAACGGCACAGGAAAAACAACCUUUAUCAAAAUGCUGGCAGGAGGACUCAAACCCGACGAAGGAGGUGAUGUUCCCAUUCUCAACGUCAGCUACAAACCACAGACCAUCAGCCCCAAGUUCAAGGGCAGCGUCCGGGCCUUGCUCCACGAGAAGAUCCGAGACGCCUACACGCACCCGCAGUUCAUCACCGACGUCAUGAAGCCCAUGCAGAUCGAGAGCAUCAUCAACCAGGACGUGCAGAACCUGUCUGGAGGAGAGCUGCAGCGCGUCGCUCUCACUCUGUGUCUGGGCAAACCCGCCGACGUUUAUCUGAUCGACGAACCCUCGGCCUAUUUGGACUCAGAGCAGAGACUGAUGGCGGCGAGGGUCAUCAAGAGGUACAUCCUUCACGCCAAAAAGACGGCGUUUGUGGUGGAGCACGACUUCAUCAUGGCCACGUAUCUCGCCGACAGAGUCAUCGUGUUCGACGGCAUCCCGUCCAAACACACGGCGGCAAACACGCCUCAGUCUCUGUUGGCUGGGAUGAAUCGGUUCUUGUCUCUGUUGGAGAUCACCUUCAGGAGAGACCCCAAUAACUUCAGGCCUCGAAUCAACAAACUCCACUCCAUCAAGGACACGGAGCAGAAGAGGAGCGGGAACUACUUCUUCCUGGACGACUGAGGCACUUCCUGUUUGACCAGCAGUGACUUCCUGUGACAUCACCACGCCCACCGCCACCGGGGGGCGCUCCCUCCGGACGCCGGCAGCAAACCGACAAAAGAAACAGAAACUAUAAAAGAAGUAAAUAAAUAAAAACUAUAUAAACACGAGCGUGACGCUGCAGUUCCUGUGCAGCGGCUCCAGGGGGCGCUGUGCUCAGACUCUGAUGUUUAAAGGUCCUUUAUUCUGCACAAUUUACACUUUUUAAAUCGUUUCAUCUGGUGUUUCAUGUUUUACAGGUUUAGAAGUAUGUAUCAAAGUAUCAAAUCAGGCGUUAAUCGAUACUGAAACGAGUAUCGAUACUAGAGACUCGUUUGAGCGGGAAUCGAUACUGAAAAAGUCAGAAAUGAAUCUGUUACAGCAAAAUAUAAGACACAAGGAUGAGUAUGAAGCUCCCUCUGUUCCUCCUCUUCCUCCUCAUUCUUUUACCUUCUUCCUCUCCCUCGGUUCCUCCCCUUUCUCUCUCCUCUUCCUCUUUUUCCCCAUUCUUUGACCUUCCUCCCCCCUCUCUCUCCUUCUCUGUCUCCUUCCCUCUCAUUUCUCUCUCCUCCCUCUCUCCUCUUUGCCUGGACCACUCAGCAUUGCCCUCGUUUCCUCCUCCUCUCCUCUUCUCUCUGUUCCUCUUCCUCUCUCCCUCAUCUCCUUUUUCCUCCUCCUCAGAUCAAGUAUUAGACAUAAACCCUGUGGAUCAUCCGUGUUGUUUUAUCAGAAUCGUUGUGGUAUCGAGUAUCGGUAUCGAGUCAUUUCUUUAGUAUCAAAAGUUUUAAAUUUUAGUAUCAAUUAGCUCCAAACCCGUCGCUGUUUUUAUUUCUCAGCAUUUGGCUCUUGGUGAAUCUGAAACACUAAAUUAAAGUGAAAGUCUAAACUUCACACAGAGCAGGAGGACCACCUGAUGAUGUCACGAGGUGGACACAGUUAAACGCAGGAUUACACAAAACCAAGCACGACCUUCGGGUUUUUCGUACAGACAAAAUUUUGCAGAAUAUUGGACUUUUUUUUUUUUCUGAAAUGUGCUUUUUGUGUCAGCGGCGUCUGAGCUUUUACUGAAAAAUGUCAAACCGUCAUAAAAGCAGCAGAUUUUAACAUUUACACCAAUAAACUGAUCGACUCACGCUG